UUCUUCCAUCUUGUCCUGUAUCAUCUUCCGCAUCUGGAUCUAGUGCCAUCCGCACAGCCGACUCUGCUGCAGAUAUAAGUAGUCCACGCGGUGCCGCAAGAUGGUUCGCUGCCCUCCUUCACCGCCCACCUUUACUGGUCUCCGCAUGGCUCAUUCACCAAGGCGCCGCGACUCGUCUCCAGACAGCAUGGACUUGCUCGCGGAUCUUCAUGCUUUGCAUGCCGACGAGUUCGCAUAUCUUAGCCAGCGGCUGACUGAAUUUGAACGGAAAUGCGAAAGGUCUUGGGUCUUUCGCUCGUAUGCAAUUGUUAGACACUACGUAUUAUUUAUCUUUAAAACUUGGGUGAAGGCAGCUUGGGCGUUUAUCUUCUUCCCGACGACUCUGAUGGAUCGCAUUGCUAUAGUUAUUCUAUCCUUUGCUGCGAGCGCCAUAAUGUCUAUUAUGCUGCCUUGGUGUCUAAUCUCGAAUCUACCUAUAACGAAAGAGAUUUUCGACAGCGUUUCUCGUCGACUUUUCAACGGAUUGAGCUUAGUCAAUGCUCUAUACCCAUCUAUUUUUGAAGAGCUAUCUCGCGAACAGAUUGCAGCGGCGAAAGUGCAUCUGUCUCGAUCUAUUGAGCAGUCUAAUAAUCGGCCGAAUAAGCGAUUCUUCAAUCUCGAUGCUUCCAAACUCCUGUUGCAAUGUGCUGCCCUUAUGUACGAACGCACUACGCGUACGACUCAUCGGGCGGCAGCAGUUGUUUCACGAAACACGGGAGGCCCCCGUCGGCAGCUUACUGAUUGGAGUCUUUCCGAGUCGCAUCCAGGUGCGCAUAUAACGGAGAUGUGUGGCACAACUGGAGCACGGGCGGUUAUGGAUGAGUUGCACAAACACAGUACUGAAGAGAGCACGAUCAAGGAUAUAGCUCGCGAGAAUCUAGGACUUCAAUACUGCACAGUAUCUGAGCUCAAUAGUACUGGGAGCGCAUUCUGUGGAUUGUUCUGGGACCCACAUGACACAUUUAUUAUUGUCGCAUUCAGAGGCACCUCGCCAACAGACUUUGCCGAGUGGUCAACAGAUUUCACGUUCCAGCUGCGCGAUGCUGGUGUCUGGCUUCGUGGCUUCGGAAAAGCGCAUGACGGUUUCAUGAACAAGGUCUAUCCAAGAAGGAUUCCUGCUGGUUCGAACAUGCCUUGCUUGACAAUUAUUGAAGACAUCAAGAGAGUUGCCGCUCGCCUCUCCGAACAUUCUCCUGACAAGAAGAUCAAUGUUUGGAUUACAGGACAUUCUCUCGGGUGUGCCCUUGCAUCGCUGGUCUACUCUCGCCUUGUCUGCGAGCCUCACGAGUGUGGAAUCAAUGUCGUAGUUAGGGAUGCUUAUCUCUUUGCAGCCCCCGUCGUUUGUGACGUUGAGUCUGCCAAUGCGUUCAAUGGGAGGAUGAAUCAUUAUUCCGAUACGAUCAGGACUAUGUGGCGUGUGACAAACGCGAGCGAUUUUGUUGCAACAGGUUUGCCUGACGGUGGUGAUAAUCCUGACAUACAACUCUCACCAUGGAAUCUCUUCUCAUUCUCGCACUUGGGAUGUGAGAUCAAGCUCCGUGAAGCACCUGAACGAUGUUUAGUGAGCGGAACGCACAUCACACCAGGGACACACGUUGUCAUCGAGUCUGCCUUCCACUUGGACUCGCUGAAGGACCACCAGACGCCCAUGCGUAAGAUGAUGCGUAAGAUGGAAGAGACACCGAUCGUUGGGCGAUUGUUUGCUCAUUGUACAGGAUGCUACUGGUCUGCGCUGCAGGGUGUUGGCGCUGGGACGUGUGAAUGGGUGUUUGAUUGAAGGACAUUAUAGCUUGCGAGCGCUUUCUUUAUAUGGAUCAUGAAUAGAUGGAUGGAUGAACGAAUGGAUGGAUGGAAUAUGGUCACGAAAAUACUCUUUUUAUUGUGUGCAUUGUGUAGUCUCGGCAUUCUAACUUAUUAGAGUACGAUUGGACUUGUACGAAUAUGCUACUUUUCUUUGUACGAAGUUUUGAUGAAUAUAGUACUGCAG